AACUGAAAACAUCACAGCUUUUCAACGUUAACGUUGACUAUCUACAAUGGAUUUCAUAGCUUUCCGAAUGCUUUUCUUUUUUAUGAAUGGAAUUCAGUUUACAGGUAAUCUAAACAAUGAACAUUUCUUAAUAUUUCAUUAUGGUUAAUUUAAUACAUUCAGCUAAAGAAUUUUUACAAUGGAUGAAAUAGUAUACUAUACUUAAACUGCAUUAAUCCCUGUUUUUAUAUAAAAGAUAAAAUGUUGAUGAUUUAUCCCCUUCAGUUGGUCAAGUAACAAUUACGACGACCCCCGCUGUCAUUGAAUCAGAGAUUACGAAAUCUCUUGUUGUAACCUGCAGAUUUCCCCCACAACCAUCAUCUGGAUAUCAAGUUUUUUCUUUAGCACUAAAAAAAUUGUUAGCGAAUUCCACAUUGGAGCAACUUGCCUCAAUACAUAGAGAUUCGCAUUCCAUAGUGCACAUAGAUUCCCCCAGCUAUGGCAUGAGCAGAGGUAAUGGAGUCAUUGACUCAACGCUUGGAUCAUUCCUGACUCUGGAAUGGUUGAACCCCAAGGUUUCAGAAUCUGGGACCUACCAGUGUAAAGCUAAUGUCUUUAACCACGCAGAUGAUAUUUUUGUUUUCAAUGAAAAUAAAACUGUCACCUUUACACAACCAUCAGUCGGCAGUUUAACACAUAUGCUUCUAGAACUAGAGUCUGAAAUGAACAAUAAACUACAGAAACUGGAGAAUGUCUUCAAAAACCUUACGGCUCAAUCAACUCAAACUGAAAAUGAACUACAGAAACUGGAGAAUGACUUCAAAAACCUUACGGCUCAAUCAACUCAAACUGAAAAUAAACUUCAGAAACUGGAGACGAAGCUUCAUGAUUUGGAAUCAACAAUUUUCAAGACAUCCACAGUUCUUAACGGCCAUCAGUAUUACUUGUCCCUGUAUGAACCUCACUCGGCAGUCAAUGCAGAAAUGGCGUGUGAAGCCCUGGGUGGCUACUUGGCCGAGGUGGAUGAUAAGAAUGAAUUUGAUUUUCUUAAAACGUUGAUAGGAGCGCCAGCAGCCCAUGGCCAAUCUUUUCUGCUCGGUGGAACAGAUGAGGGGCACGAAGGUCGUUGGGUAAACCGACACAGUGGAACACCUUUGGGCUACACGUCAUGGCUUCAAGGUACGCCGGAUAACAAUUUAUUUAACGGCUUAACAGAAAACUGCCAAACCAUUUUAUACAUUGCCUCAGUAAAUGAUUUCGUUAUGAAUGAUCUCAGUUGUUUUAAUUCAAAUAUUGAAACGAUUAAAUUUUACUUCAUUUGUGAAGUACCGAUAUAAAAUUGAAUUAUGCACAGCGAUCACAUCUUGACAACUGAAGGAAGGCAGGGGCGUCACAUAGGGGCUGGGCUGGGGUUUGAACAUGAUGAACGCAUCGGUUUUAGCCACCAAUGGAGGUCAUGCCAUAAUAAGUUAAUAUGUUAUUGAAAAGUUUGUAUUAAAAUAAAAUUUAUUUAUAAAAAAAAAUAAUGCCAUAUGUUUAUAUUUUGCAAUAUAAGUAAGACAUUAAACGAUACCUGGUUAUAAUUACAUGACCUUUUUCCAUAAAAGUACUGAUAUAAAAAAAAUAUACUUUAAAAUGUGUUAGAUUUCAUAUCUGUCAGUUUUGUUCGUGUGUUCUGCAUGGGCCCCACACCAUGGGCGCCCGCAGGUAGGGGCAAGGGGGGGGGGCACUUGCCCC